AAUAAUAAAAAAGAGGAAUAAAAGGGCAGCCCACCUUCCCCAUUACCACGAUCGCCCACCCGUCGUCGUCAUCGGUAGCUCGACAUCCACGAGGACACAAGAUUUCCACUUCCCUUUCUUCCCUCCUCUCCGUUUCUUUCGAUUCCUCGAUUCUCUGUUUGCAAACAAGAUUUCCACCAUCGAUUCUCUGUUUGCUUUCCCCCUCCUCUCGAUCGCUGCAGUGGUUCCUGACGGAGAUUUAAAGGCGAAUUGAAGAUGAGUUCCGGAGAGUUGCUGGAAAUCGAUCCCUUGGAGCUCAAGUUUCCUUUCGAGUUGAAGAAGCAGAUCUCGUGCUCUCUGCAGCUAACGAACAAGUCGGACAAUUAUGUCGCGUUUAAGGUCAAGACGACAAGCCCAAAGAAGUACUGUGUCAGGCCGAAUUCGGGGGUCGUUCUGCCCCGAUCUACGUGUGAUGUCAUUGUUACAAUGCAAGCUCAACGUGAAGCUCCUCCUGACAUGCAAUGUAAGGACAAAUUUCUUGUUCAGAGUGUGAUUGUUGAUCAAGGUGCUUCUGCAAAAGAUGUCACCACUGAAAUGUUUGGAAAGGAGUCAGCAAAUGCUGUAGAUGAGGUUAAAUUGCGAGUUUUAUAUGUUCCACCACCACAACCACCCUCGCCAGUGCCUGAGGGGUCUGAGGAGGGCUCAUCCCCUAGGCCAUCCCUGUCAGACAAUGGAAAUCUGAAUGCCUCGGAACUACUAGCUGCAACAAGAGCAUAUGCUGAAGGUAUUCAACAAGAAAAACCAUCUGAGAAUAUUGCUCUACUUACAAAGUUGACAGAGGAGAAGAUUUCUGCUAUUGAACAAAACAAGAAACUUCAACAGGAAUUGCCUCUUUCUUGUAAGGACUUUGUCAUCAGUUCUGGAUGUUGGAUUUUAGCAGGCAGCAAAAUACUUGUGGCCGCAUGAAUAUAUGAAUCUGUGAGGCGAGAAGUGAGCAAGCAGCAAGGUGGCUUCUCCUUGAUGUUUUUGAUCAUUAUUGCCUUGCUUGGAGUAGUUCUGGGCUACAUGUUCAAGAAGUGACCAGUUCCUGCAACUGUUCUGUGGACUCAUUGUUUUGACCAAUUAAUUGCGUUAGGUGCUUACUCAUGGGUUCUGUUUGUAUUUGUUUCACGGCCACUCCGUUUGCUAAACUUUAUGUGGAUGUGUGUAAUCUCAGUACUAUGUAUCGCUACCUGUUUUCGCUCGCAACUUAGAAAGGACAUUGGUGUUUCACAUGGAUAAUUUUCAUUAUGAUAGUGUUACAAUCAUUAAUCUACAUAACAUUUACUAGCACAAUUGAUCCAUUGUUUGUUUU